GCGGAUCUGCCGUCAGAAGCUCAUGAAACGUGCCGAGGGAACAAAGGGGAGAUAUCGAAGAGAAGACGUAAAGUUUUCACUGUUAAUGAUCAAAAUGCCGAGAGUUGUGCCUGACCAAAGAAGCAAAUUCGAGAACGACGAAAUGUUUCGCAAACUUUCGCGUGAAUCUGAGGUCAAAUACACCAUGCACAGAGAUAGACCGCAAGCAGAACGCAUUCAGCACUUUCAGAACGACUGCAGAGAAGGCCGAAUAAACGCCUCCUUUGUUGCAACUGGAACGAACAUCUGCCUAUUUUUUCCGAAGCCCGACAACAUGCUAUCAUCUCCAUUUAUAAACUUCGAACAGGAACCAGGAAAGGUUCAUAUUCGAAGUUCAUUUAUUAUGAAUGGGGUUUGUGUGUACUUCAAAGGCUGGUUCGACCUCCAUCGACUGGACGGUAUUGGUUGCUUGGAAUUUGACGAAACGACAGCGCAGGUUGAGGACAAACUGAUGCGGGAAACACUGGCUCGUGCGAGGAUAAAACUCGCUGAAUUCGAAGAGAAGCAACGCGCGUGGCGGGAAGACAAACCAGAUGGUACGGUAGGGCUUCGUGAUCUAGUUCCAUUUCACUGUGCUUUACUUCAAAACGAAUAAUUAGCCAAUAAAAGUCAUUCUAGCUUUGUUUUCCAUUCUCUCAGCUCUUCUUGGGCAACCAAGACAGGCGUAAAGGCGAGCUUGCUCGCGCUGACAAGUCAAUUUGAUUGAUGCAAGAGAUUGCGCCAACGCUACGACAAAUUCGUGCUGGUGACAGGCUGGGAUGACGUGCAACGGAAAGCUUACCGCUCGUUCCCCACCAGACAGCGUGGUGCUAAGAAGAACCUUGCUCAAAAUCUGGAAGUUCUUGUUCUAUUUUUGAGGAAGUCUAUCUAAUACCGCAUAUGAAACUGGACACUAUCAGAACUCAAUAGUUUAAACCAACAAAACAACUGUUUUCGAAUGUCUCUAAAGAACAGCGUGAUAAUAGUGCGGAUGUGAUUUGGCCAAAAAUUUUUAAGACGUUUUAUUCUGUAGAUAGCAUUUUGUAAAGCAAUGUAUUAAAUUAUAAUGUGUUAACGUAUUUGAUGUGUUUAACUUAGUUGUCCACUCAAGUAAAGAGCCUACCUGGUUGAGCUUGGAAUGUUCAGGUACAUUACAAGAAUAUUUUAUGCCUACCAUUAAGGAUUCUAGUGACAAUACCUUUAGUUAGAAAUAAUAUAUAUGUCAUAUGUAUGAUGUUUGUAAAAUAAAUCCUAGGCUUUUUAACUGUGCAUAGCAUUAAAAAUGUAUUAAAAACUG